AUGCAACAACCAGAAUAUUCCAACAACUCCUCCGCCUCCACUACUCUCGCCGGAGCAGCCAUGAACAGCUUCACCGCCGCGUCGGAGACAGCAGCCGUCAGCUAUGACGUCAUGGCUCCGGCUAACUUAGAACAUUCGUUGCAGCAAAUGCCACCGCAUCAACAAGGAGGAGAUCAGCAUGAGGAUGAAGAAGAGAGCGGUGCCGAUUUUUCGGUGGCUGUUGGUUCAACGGCGGUAGCUGCGGCGGAGGUUAUAUAUCCAGCGGAGGUUUUUCACCGGAGAUGA